CACGUUGCACUUGCGCAUUGUUUUACGCUUUCUCUAACGUCCUAUUUUUUUUCUCCUUCCAAAUCCAAUCGUUUGCUCCCUUUGUUUCUUUCAAAGUAUUCUGACUUAACUACACUGAGCACUCACACACUCGAAACUUAAAGUUUAAGAUUGUGAAGCAGUAGAAUGACAGGAACAAGCAUUGCAGCGAGUGGAAUAGUUCUUGAACCACUGACCAAAGACAACUACGAAAACUGGAGCUGUCUGGUUAGAAACUAUCUUGUGGGACAUGGUCUGUGGGGUGUUGUGACCUCUAUUCCUGAAAUUGGUGCGCGUUCUAAGAUCGAAUAUGAGAUUUGGAACAGGAAGAAUGGGAAGGCUUUGCAUAUCAUUCAACUAACAUGUGGACCAGAGAAUCUUACUCAUAUUAGAGAUCUUCAUAUUGCUAAAGAAGCCUGGAAUAAAUUGGGUGCAACUUAUAGCUCAGAUUUACAAGCCGAUCCAGAUAUUGAGCAAGGUGUGGUGGAUGAUAGUCUCCGUCAGUAUAAAUCGUUGCACAAGUAUAUUGAGAGCGGUGAGUGGAAAGAUGCAAACUCAUUUAUUAAGAGUGACAGUACAGCUAUAUAUUCCACAUCCUCUAUGGGGAGGACGGUUCUUCACGUUGCGGUAGUUGCUGGGCACGAGGAAAUUGUGAAGAAGUUGGUGAAGGAAGGGAAAGAUAAGUUAGUGAAAAUGAAAGACAAUCGUGGUUACACGGCACUAGCUCUUGUUGCUGAGCUGACAGGAAACACGAAUAUAGCGAAGUGUAUGACUACCGUCGUAUAUAGGAAAAUAUCACGGUCAGAAACAGUAAAUCCCUUCAGGGACCUGUUAUCUAUGAAGACCAAUGAUGGUGAAAUCCCUGUUCUUCUUGCUGCUGCUAAGGGACACAAAGAAAUGACACGUUAUCUUUACCGUUAUACACCGACGGAAGACCUGCGUGAUGAUAAUUAUCACAAUGGUGUUUUGCUUCUUACACGAUGUAUCACUGCAGAAAUAUUCAGUGUGGCUUUGAAUUUACUCCAACAAUUUCCUAAAAUGCCUCUUGCCCACAAAUCACACUUUGAAUCGGAUUGUGUGCAACCAUUAUACGCAUUGGCACGCAUGCCUUCUGUGUUUCCAAGUGGUAGUGGAUAUGGGUUCAUACGACAAUUCUUUAACGAUAUUUUGAGAUUCCCUGAAAAAGAAGUGCGUGAAUUUUCCGGGAUAAUAGUGAGUCGUGCAAAUAUUGCCAAAGAGGAAACACAGCACAAAGCUUCUUUCGUAGGAAGGUUAUGUGGACGGAUGUUGAACUUAUCGCCAGUAAAGCAGUUGGGUCGACUACUCAUACUUGUUCACAUGUCAUUUCAGAAUUGGGUACUAUUAAAGUUCUCUGGAAUAAGGAAAAUAUAUAAUCAGAAAAUGACCUACCGUCUAGCUCUUGAAAUAUUGAGUUGCUUGCACCAAAGAAUUCAAGAGUUUAAGGAAUCAGAACUUAGAGAGGCUUCGGCUUACGAUGCAAUGUUGCAAGCAGCAAAGCAUGGGAUUAUUGAGUUUAUAGAUGCAAUGAGAAAGGGUAAUCCUGACCUCUUAUGGGCCAUUGAUAAAAAUAAAAGAGGCGUAUUUUCACAUGCAAUUUUGAACCGUAGAAAAGCCGUUUUCGAACUCAUACAUGAUUCAACUGUAAAUGGACGGAAGGAGAUAGUUAAAUGCCGCGUAGAUGCAUUUGGCAAUUCCAUGUUGCACUUGGCAGGAUAUUUAGGGCCUUCCUCUGAUCUUGAUCGUAGAUCCGGUCCUGCUAUGCAGAUGCAAAGAGAAAUUCUAUGGUUCAAGGCAGUGGAGGAAAUUGUGCACCCCAAGUGUAAGGAAGCAAAAAAUGCUGACGAUAAGAAGCCUCGUGAGCUAUUUACAGAAGGCCACAAGGAGCUGGUGAAAGCCGGAGAGAAAUGGGCAAAAGAUACAGCUGGUUCAUUUACUCUUGUUGCUACACUCAUCACAACCAUCAUGUUUGCUGCAGCUUUCACUGUCCCUGGUGGAAACAAUCAAGACAAUGGAGUUCCCUUGUUCUUGCACGACAUCACAUUUGAUGCGUUUAUUAUAGCAGAUGCAGCAUCUCUUUUCACUUCUUCAACUUCAGUCCUUCUCUUCAUUGGAAUCCUAACGGCUCGUUACGCUGAAAAAGACUUCCUCAAGUCAUUGCCACUAAGGUUACUUUUCGCACUCAUUAUGCUUUUCUUCUCUGUGAUUUCUAUGAUAGUUGCCUUCUGUGCUUCACUUGCUAUGCUCUUAAAGGGACAUCAUAGAGUCAUAAUAACAGCAAUGUCAUUUGCCAGUGUUCCUGUUAUCGUUCUAGUUCCGUCACAGUUGCGCCUCUUCCUUGAGAUUUUCAAGUCUACAGUAUUAUCCAAUUGAUACUUAUUACUUAUCUAGAACGAACUGUAACAUUUGUUUUUGCAUUGAUUGCUUUAUUAGCAUUUAGAACGAACUGUAACAUUUGUUUUUGCAUUGUUUGCUUUAUUAGCAUUCAUCCAUGGAAGAAGUAUUGUUAUUGAACCCUUGACCAGCCAUGUGCACAAAAACACUUAUUCCCAUUUUUGGGUUGUUCAUUCACAAGCUUGUAAGCAUUCGAUCACGUGAGUUCAUUUGAUGCA